GUCCAAUUUCAAGAUGGAGGGAAGUCGCUUUCGCGGAAUCAGAUUUUCCGAGAAAACAAAUUUAUCACUCUCUGUCAUAUAUUUGCAUCUAUUAGGUUUAUAGUGCGCACGGCGGGAUUGAACAUUAAAAACGCACAAACAUUUUAUACCUAGGGGUCAGUCGAACUCAGGCUACUUGCAACAUGGAGGACAUCAGAUUGCGAGAGAUGAGCGACAUCAUUUCGUCCCCUGAAAACAGAGCGAAGAAUCCUGUAAGUUUGUUGAUGGAGGCAGGAGCUCAAGUUGGACAACCUGUGACCUUCAAUUACAAGGAUGAUUUGGCCAUGGGACUAACUAAUACGCGUGUGUUUACUUGUGAGGUCAAAGUUGGAUCCGAACGUGCGAUAAAACGCACAGGGUCAGGAUACAGCAAAAAACAGGCUAAAGCGAAAUGUGCGGAGGCAGCUCUGGAACUUAUUAGAAACAAAACUAGUGCAACUACAACCUCACCCGAAGCGUCUAAGGGAUCUCCAAGCCAAACAUCACUUGAAAAUACCACUCCAACAUCUCCAUUAAGUCCAGCUGGGAGGCCGUACUCGGCAAGUACAGACUCAAAUCCCAUCGGCAGCCUGCAGGAAAUGUGUAUGAAGAACAACUGGACUCCACCAACCUAUAACCUGAUACAGGAAGAGGGAGAACCACACACAAAGACCUUCACUUUUGAAUGCAAGAUUAGAGAUUUGAUUUCUCAAGGACAUGGAAGAAACAAAAAAGUAGCCAAAAAACUUGCUGCAGAGAAUAUGUGGACCGUAAUCAGUGAGGCAAAUAAGAGUUUAUCCUUAGCUGGUGUGGACACAAAUGUGUCAUCAAGUCCUUUAAGGAAUCCUGGCAUGCAGCCUACAGUGAGCUCUCCAUCAGGGUCAAGUCCCUCAAGAAGUAGCCAGUCUAAUUCACCAGUUUCAUUUCUUUCAAGCCAUUUGUACAGUAAAAUGGAAAUUGAGGAACCAUGUUUUAACAAGGUGGCCCAUGGUGGUAGUACUCCACCUCCUGAGGUUGAUGCAGUGAAUAGUGUCAGUGACAAGUUUUGUUCAGCUCUUGAAGACAAAGGAAAAACAUCAGGCUUUACUGUAACCUAUCAUGACCUGCCAGAAAAAGGAUACAGUGGCAAUUAUAUGUGCUUUGUGAGGCUUAAUACAGAACCACCAACAGUAUGUGGUGGAAUGGGCCAUAAAAAACAAGCUGCACAUGAGGAAGCUGCAAGAAAUGCCUUACACUAUUUAAACACAGUUUGCAAUUACUAGGUACAUCUGUAGGUGUUAUUUUCCUUUUUUUGCCUUCUAGAAUGUUUUCCCUCCACAAUUGUUGAAGUCUCACUACAGUUUUGUCUUUCAUUUAAAAUGGUACAUGUGCAUUGACGAAGACCAGAAAUAUAUUAAUUUGUUCCUUUUUUUUUUACACAAGAGAUGUCAGUAUUGCUACUGAGUCAAUGAAGUAAGUUUACUUUAAAUUUUUAAAUCAUUUUUUACUGGGCUUUUUCCUUUUCUCAAAUCUAUCACUGGGACAAAAGAAGACAACUCUUACACUGGUUUUAAAUAAAUGUAAAAACAGUCAGGAAUGUGGACUUAACAAAUAUGUUUUUCAGUCAGAAAAUGAACAGAGUGGUAACAAUUCUCGUGAACAGAACAUUUUCUUAGUUUUCAAAAUAUGUUUCGAUAUUCCUAUGACAUCUUCAGUUGUAAAUAUACCUUAAACAAUUUGAAUUCUUGCUUUAAAUAUGUCAUGAAAUUUGGUCAAAAUUACACAAAUUCACAAAAAUUUCAAUGAAAUACAUCAGAAGCACAGAAUAGACUGAAUAGCAAGUCAUCAUAGGCCUUGAAUGAUUGCAAGUGCUUGUUUACAUGUUUCUUUAUUUAUAACACUGCCUGAGGUUAAAACAGAUGAAUAAACAAAGAUUCUCAAAGA